UGGCCUCGCCCCCCCCCGCCCGCAGUAGGAUCUCCCCCGGAUCCCCCCGGCCCUGCGGGGAUGGAGGAUCUGGGCCAGGCCUUCGACUUCGAGGACAGCGAGGAGGAGGAGGAGGAGGAAGGGGAGGACGAGGACUCGGAUUCGGGAGCUGAUCCCGGAGUCGAUCCCGGAGCUGAUCCCGGAGCCGAUCCCGGUGCUGAUGUCGCUCUCCAGGCGCCCCCGCGCCGGCGGCGCCCGCCCAGCUGCGAAGGGCUGGAGCCGGAGACCCAGGAAGGGAUCCCGGCACAGGUGAGCAAUGGCGAAGCCGGAGGAGAUUCCCAGAUCCGGACCCGCACCUGGAAGAGGGAGAGCAUCUGCAGAGGGGAGCGUUUCUCCUUCCCGGAGGUGGAGGACGAGGUCAUCUACGACGACGUUCCCUGCGAGGGCCUGGAUGUGGAUCAGGACGGCGCGGGGCUGAUCUACGCCGAGGUGCAGCGCGGGGAGGGGACGCGCCUGGGGCAGGACCUGGGCUGGAGCUCCAGCGAGUUCGAGAGCUACAGCGAGGGCGAGUCCGGAGAGGAAUCCCGGACGGAAUCCCGGCGGGACGCGGAGCCGGCCAAGCUCCGCACGGCGUUCCAGCCCAAGCUCUCUCCAGACCUCCAUAAACUCAAGGAAAAAUGCGCCAGGACUAAGCGGGAGCUCCUGGCUCUGAGAGUUGGGGGGAAGGAAAUGCAGGAGCUGAAGCACAAAUCCGAUUGGAAGGUGUCCCAGCUGAUGCGGGCGGCGCGCAGCGGCACCAAGGACGGGCUGGAGCGCACGCGCAUGGCGGUGCUGCGCAGGGUCACCUUCCUGCAGCGCCGCGACGGCGCCGGGGACUCGGAGGAGGAGGACACCGGCUUCCUGGAGGUCACCGUGUCCGACAUGAGGCACCCCCCGCCCGAGCUGGGCCCCGCGCCCGAGGGGCUGAGCCCGCAGCAGGUGCUCCGGCGGCACAUCCUGGGCUCCAUCGUGCAGAGCGAGCGCAGCUACGUGGACUCCCUGAAGCGCAUCCUGCAGGAUUACCGGAACCCGCUGCUGGAGAUGGAGCCCAAGGUGCUGAGCGCCCGCAAGUGCCAGCUGGUGUUCUUCCGGCUGAAGGAGAUCCUGCAGUGCCACUCCAUGUUCCAGAUCGCCCUGGCCUCGCGCGUGGCCGAGUGGGACUCCAACGAGAAGAUCGGCGACCUCUUCGUGGCCUCGUUCUCCAAGUCCAUGGUGCUGGACGUCUACAGCGACUACGUCAACAACUUCACCACGGCCAUGUCCCUGAUCAAGAAGGCCUGUCUGACCAAACCCGCCUUCCUGGACUUCCUCAAGAAGCGGCAGAUGGCCAGCGCUGAUCGUGUCACGCUCUACGGGCUGAUGGUGAAGCCCAUCCAGAGGUUCCCUCAGUUCAUCCUCCUCCUGCAGGACAUGCUGAAGAACACCCCGCGUGGCCACGCCGACCGCCUGUCCCUGCAGCUGGCCCUGACCGAGCUGGAGACGCUGGCCGAGAAGCUCAACGAGCAGAAGCGCUUGGCCGACCAGGUGGCCGAGAUGCAGCAGCUCAGCAAGAGCAUCAGCGACCGCAGCAGCUUCAACAAGCUGCUGAGCUCGGGGCAGCGGCAGCUGCUGCUGUGCGAGACGCUGACCGAGACGGUGUACGGGGACCGCGGGCAGCUGCUCAAGUCCAAGGAGAGGAAGGUGUUCCUGCUCAGCGACCUCCUGGUCUGCGCCAACGUCAACUUCAAAGGCCAGCUGGAAAUCAGCAGCCUGGUGCCCCUGGGCCCCAAGUACGUGCUGAAGUGGAGCACGGCCCUCCCGCAGGUGCAGGUGGUGGAGGUGGGCCAGGAGAGCGGCGCCGGGGACAAGGACAGCGCCGCCACAGCUGUGGCCAACGCCGGCCAACGCCGGCACGCGCCCGCCGGCCAGGCCGCCCACAACAAGGUCUACCUGGGCCCCCCGCGGCUCUUCCAGGAGCUGCAGGACCUGCAGAAGGACCUGGCGGUGGUGGAGCAGAUCACGCUGCUCGUCAGCACGCUGCACGGCACCUACCAGAACCUGAACAUGACGGUGGCGCAGGAUUGGUGCCUGGCCCUGCAGAGGAUGAUGAAGGUCAAGGAGGAAGAAAUCCACUCGGCCAACAAGUGCCGGCUGCGGCUGCUGCUGCCCGGGAAACCCGACAAGUCGGGGCGCCCCAUCAGUGUCAUGGUGGUGUUCAUCACCCCCAGCCCCCUGAGCAAGAUCUCCUGGGUGAACCGGCUGCACCUGGCCAAGAUCGGCCUGCGGGAUGAGAACCAGCCGGGCUGGCUCUGCCCCGACGAGGACAGGAAGAGCCGAGCGCCCUUCUGGUGCCCCAUCCUGUCCUGCCACAUUCCAGCCUUCUCCUCCAAAGCCUUGGAUCUGCAGCUCGGAGCUGCCGUCCACAAUCCCGUCCAUUCCUCGCUCCUGGGGUUCUCGGCCGUCAGCACCUCCCUGCCCCAGGGAUUCCUGUGGGUGGGAGGGGGGCAGGAGGGGGCGGGGGGGCAGGUGGAGAUCUUCUCCCUGAACCGCUCCGUGCCCCGAACCGUCAAAUCCUUCCCGGUGCCGGCCCCGGUGCUGUGCAUGGAAUUCAUCCCGGAGCCGCAUCCCGAGGAUCCCGCGGAGCAGGGAAUGGCCCCGGAGCCGACCCCCAACGCCCCCCACCCCGCAGUGUGCCUGGGGCUGCAGGACGGGAGCGUGCUGGUGUUCGGCGCGGUGGCGGCGGGGACGCCGGUGCUGCAGCGGUGCCGCGUGCCGGGCGCGGUGCCCGUGCUGUGCCUGCGGAACAGCCCCGCGUUCCUGCUGGCCGGGCUGCAGGACGGCGCCGUGGCCGCCUUCCCCCGCAACCACGAGGGUCUGUGGGACGCGGACUCGGUGCGGGUGCUGCAGGUGGGGCCGGGCCCCGUGCGGGCGCUGCUGGUGCUGGAGGAGUCGCUCUGGGCCAGCUCCCAGAACCUCGUCAGCGUCCUGGGGACACCUGAGCUGCAGAGCCAGCACUGUUUCGAGGCGCACCCCGACCCCGCGGCGGCGGUGACGCUGAUGGUGCGGGCGGGCAGCGGGGUGUGGAUGGCCUUUGCCGAGGGCUCCUCCAUCCGCCUGUUCCACACCGAGACCCAGGAGCACCUCCAGGAGAUCAACGUGGCCACCAGGACCACCCUGCUGCUGCCCGGGCAGAAGCUCGUGCGCGUCACCAGCCUGCUGCUGUGCCAGGGCUCGCUCUGGGUGGGGACGGAUCUGGGAAUCAUCGUCCUGCUGCCCGUGCCGCGCCUGGAGGGCAUCCCGAAAAUCACCGGGAAGGGGAUGGUGUCCCUGAACGGCCACGCUGGCCCCGUGCAGUUCCUGGCGCUGGCUCUGAGCACUUUGGCCCCCGACGCCCUCCGGGCCGAGCAGGACGAGCCCGACGAGGCCGAGGGGGAGAAAUCCCCGGAUCCCGAGGGGCUCCAGCCGCGGGAAAUGCGGAAAAAAGGGAUUUUGUUACAAUACCGGCUGCGCUCCACAUCCCACCUGCCCGGCCAGCUGCUCUCCGUGCGGGAAGCGGCACCAGGAACGCCGGGAACGCCGGGACACGCCGAGGAGGACGGAUCCAUCUACGAGCUGGCCGACGAUCCCGACGUGUGGGUGCGGAGCCGGCCGUGCUCCCGGGAUUCUUCCCGCAAGGAAAUCUCCUCCGUGGCCAUCGUCUCCGGAGGCCGCGGGUACCGGGAUUUCCGUGCGGAAUCCGCGCGCCGCUCCGGAGCUGCCGACAGCUCCCUGCUCAUCUGGCAGCUCCCGCUGGCACUCUGAGGCCGCCCGGAAUUCCCGAAUUUCCUACCUCAGGAGUCCCCCGAAUUCCCGGGAGCAGUGCUCGAGCCGCUGCGAGGAAAAAAACUGGGAAAAACGCGGGAUUCUCCAGCAGAUCCAGCGGAUCUGGAGUUGGGAGCGGCGGGGUUUUCCCGGUUUCCCUGCGUGUGUGUGUGUGUGUGUGGGUAAUCCCUAGAGAUAGAAAUCCCUGGAUUAUAAAUAGGAUGUAAAUUAUUACCUGUAAAAAGAAGGAAUCUGUAUAUAUUGGGAAUGCCGGGAAGGGAGGGAGCAGCUCCCGAAAAAGCGGCUCUGGCUGCAAUAUCCACUCCUGUUCCCGACUGGGAAUUUGCGGAUCUUCCGUACUGGAAUCCCCUGGAUUUGGGAGCCGAGCCCGCUCGGCUUCCGAGGAAAGGAAAACAGGGGGAGCGUGGAAAUAAAUCCCAUAGGAAUGGCUG